GGAAAAAGAAAUACAUUUCAACUUGAAACUUUGCAGAAACCCGGCGUCCAGCUAGAAAUCGAGUGAAAUUUGUAUCCUUUUCAAUUAUGAAGCGUUAUUCUAAUGGUCAUAUAGCCCAACCUUCUGGCGAAGAGCCUUCGACCAGCAGGGCCCAACCAAUGGCUACCUCCACACCGAGUACUAACACUAACCGCACCACUAUGCGGAAAGUGCAGGUAUCGCCGUCACCAUCCCCAUCGCCUGCAAUCUGGGAAAAUGCUGGAUCAUCAUCGGGAAAAAUAGCAAUGGUGACACCAACAGUAAAAACCAAAGAUGUAGCCAACAGUUCCUUGCCCCAACGAGUGCCAAAGACUUUUAAGCAGAUCACAGGACGUCGGCCAGUCCACUUGGAUUUAGUGAACUAUGCCAAGUGUCCUUCGGGACGCCCUAACGAAAAAGUUCCAAUGGCACCAAAAAAUUACAUCCCAAAACCGAAAAACGCGCGUCUAUCUUCUCCAGAAGACACUAUAUCCGUGGCAUCCUCUACUUCGGCCACGGCAGCCAGGAACAAACCCAUGUUCUCCCCGCCACAGCCGCCGACCGAUCCAUACAAGGUGCUCGUGUUGAACAUGCCCAACGGUCCAAUUGGCCUCCUUCUUCUUAACUUGGAUAAACUCAAGGAGCAGACACUUAAUGGAGAGAUCCCAGCUAAUCUGGGCCUGGGAGACUCACCCCAAGUUGCGAAUCCAAAGCCAGUCAUAAUUGGGAAGACAAAGGAUAAGGGUACACCACCGCCGCCAGAGACUCCUGACAACAACAACAACAACACCGACUCGCAACCGGAGGAAGAGCAGCCGAACACCAACAAAAAAUGCUUGAUUAUGUAAAUUAUUGAUAUUUAUGUGUUCUUGUUUGCGAAGCACUAUCAGCAAUCGCAUUUAAUACUAAUUUCGAUUUGUUUGCACUAUUUUUUUCAACCUAAAAAAUUUAAAAAAU